AUGAUCCAGGGCAUCUUCUACGCAAGAUUCUUCCCUCAAGAGGGUCCCAAGAUUGUCGCGCAGUCACCGCCGGGAUGCAUCACCGCCGCCGACAACUCGACGCGCCCGCCGCUCAUCGACUUUGACGUCCUCCAGGAGUACAUCAUCCCGCGCCAGGCCUUUUGCAACCGCUACAUCACCAUCAACUCGCCCGACGGCAAGUACACAAUCCUCUGCUACCCCGUCGUCAUUGCGCACACUAAGUAUCUGCGCAAUGAGUUCAUCUUCAACUUUGGCCUCCUCGUCGAGGCCGACGUCGACCACGCCGCCUACGAGCGCGUCGUCCGCUGUCUCGCCGCUACAUUUUCCGAGAUGGAGAAGCAAAAUGAAUAUUUGAGCCUUGGCGAGGGCUCUCGUACCGUUGCCACGGCUGCUGCGGCGGCGGCAGUGGCGGCUGCAGCAGCUGCAACGACGGGCCACGGCGACGAUGACGGGGUGGCGGCCACUGCCCGCCGACCGAUUGAAAGUCUGCUUGAAAUCAUCAAAGAGGAUCUCAACAAUUAUGGCGAGUGCAUGAUUCCUGUCGAUGAGGCCAACACCAUCAACAUGAAGCUCUUCCCCCAUCAUGCCACCCCGCCUCCCGUCAAGGGCUGGCACGUCCCCGUCGCCAAGACCAAGUUUGCCGACAUUGUCGACCCGACCUGGGACCUGACCCUGCAGCGCGUCAUUGAGAAGAUCGAUGGCGUCUCCGACGUCCGGCGCAUCGCCCACGAGGCCUCGGUCUCGCUCGAGCUCGCCAAAACAGCCCUCCGCCACCUCCUCUACUACGACACCAUCCUCCUGCUCGACAUCUUCUUCUUCGGCUCCUGUUACGCGCCCCGGCCCGGAAUCCACGACUUUGUCGAAAACGUCGACGGCAUGGUCGACGAAUGCGCCGGCUACGUCUCCCACGGCGCCGCCCGCGUCAGCAACUUCAUGCUCGUCAAGCUCAUGCUGUCCUUUGGUCCCGGCCGGAGCGUCAAGGAGUGGCUCAUGACGCACCAGGACGCCGGCUUCGACGUCAUCAACUACGUCGACAUCCGCCGCUUCGUCCAGUUUGGCGUCAUCAAGGGCUGCCUCUACCGCGUCCACAAGUACGUCGUCUCCAAGCAGUACAUUGCCGCCCUCGCCACCGGCCAGACGCGCCCUGUCGACGGGCCCGCGGCCGAUCCGCUGCAAAAGUACACAGACGGCUGCCACCACUUUGAUCAGAUCGUCACCGAGCGCAACCUGACCAACGACGAAGUAAUUGAUAAUCUGAAGCAACUGCCUGUCCCCAAGGGCGACUUGGCCGUAUUCUACAAAUGA